GCAGGCAGCCACAGAGAGCAGCUACCACUGCCUCUUAAAACCUAAGGUAGUCCUCAUUACAGCUACAGACUGAUAGACAGAGAGUAGAGCAGGGCUGGAGACAGUUCUAAGAGAGGGAGAGGAAAGGAGAGAGUGAGAAAUUGUGAACAGGGAAAGUUAGAAAACCAGCAGUCCUACUUGAGUGCUCACCCUUCCUUGACUGCUGCCUCCCCACUGCACUACCUGAGGCUCACAUACACACACACAGGGAGGUGUUCAGGGAGGCUUAGAGGGCUGACUCUCCAGGGGAAGAAGGGAAUUAACACUUUGUUUUCAAUCCACGGCGAUCAUACUCAGGACAAAAAAAGGGAUUACAGCUUGUACGCCUGCCCCACUUGUUCCUCUCUACUCCCUGCAUUUUGUCUUCACUUUGGAGACUUUGGAUACAACCUUCUUGAAUUGUUUGUUCGGGCUAAGAGAGAGAUGGCACAUGGACAAAAGAGCCCCAGGUGGGCAUUAACCCAGGGCUCCUCCAGCUUGGCACUGGGCCUGUCGUUCUUCUCCCUCCUCCUCCUACUCCUCACCGUCUCGGCCGCAGACGAGUACGACUAUUACAGCUGGCAGUCGGACAACUUCCACAAUGGCCGUUUCUACACCAAGCUGCCCCAGUGUGUGGACAUACCAGCUGACCUGCGCCUGUGCCACAACGUGGGCUACAAGAAGAUGAGGCUGCCCAACCUCCUGGACCACGAGACCAUGCCAGAGGUCAAGCAGCAGGCGGGCAGCUGGGUGCCCCUCCUGGCCAAACGGUGCCAUGCUGACACCCAGGUCUUCCUGUGCUCGCUGUUUGCACCGGUGUGCCUGGACAGACCCAUCUAUCCCUGCCGCUCGCUGUGUGAGGCCGUGAGGGAUAGCUGUGCUCCGGUGAUGGAGACCUACGGCUUCCCCUGGCCAGAGAUGCUGACCUGUGAUAAGUUCCCCAUUGAUAACGACCUCUGCAUCCCGAUGCAAUUCACUGGGAACCAGGCCACCCAGCCACCAGUGUCAAAGGUGUGCCCACCGUGUGACAAUGAGAUGAAAGCAGACAACAUCAUGGAGCAUUACUGCGCCAGUGACUUUGCCCUCAAGAUGAAAAUCAAGGAGGUGAAGAAGGAAAAGGGCGACCGGAAGCUGAUUGCAGCACAGAAGAAGAAGAAAGUGUUGAAGCAGGGCGUGCUAAGGAAAAAGGACCUGAAGAAACUGACCCUGUACAUCAAGAAUGGCGCCAACUGCCCGUGUUCCCAGCUGGACAGCCUGGGCACCAACUUCCUCAUCAUGGGCCGCAAAGUGGAUCAGCAACUGCUGCUCAUGUCCAUUCACAAGUGGGACAAGAAAAGCAAGGAACUCAAAUUCGCAAUCAAGUACAUGAAGUCCCAUCAGUGUCCCACCUAUCACACUGUCUUUCAGUGAGGCGGCUUGCAGCACAAUCUACAAUCACUUCACACAUUUCCCCCACAUAGAAUCUAAUUCUGCAUUCCUGACCCCAAUAUCCCUGGAAAAUCUCUUACCAGUCUGACAAAUAGUCCUACAAGAGGUCACAGGGCAGCCAAGCUUUUAUUUUCUCAGCUUUAACUUGAGUCAGGUUGUCAAGGGGAUCGUCCUGAUCUGCUUAGAUGAUUCAGACAUGUUAAUGUUGGAGAGGGAAAAAAGCUGCACUCUGCAGCUCCAAUCACAUCAUAAAAAACCCAAAGUAACCACAGAUUGUAUAAUAAUUUGGGUGAUGUAAUUUUAUUUCCCAAGGAACAAAAGACAUUUUCAUAGACCCCCUGUGAUUCAAUAAAUAUAUUCCUUGACAAUUCUGCUUUCCUAUUCUGAUAUACAAGACCAAAUCACUUGUGUGAUAUCUAACAGCAACUUAAUCAAGACAGCUGCCUUAAAACAUGGAAAACUAAAGAUUUGAGGCAACUAUUGGAGGGAACAUAUGUUUGAUAAUGUAAUAAGUAUAGGCUAAGGGACCUUAAGUGGGAAGGCAGGGUUUGUUUCAGUGUAUAGAGAGAUGAGAAAAAUGAUACACUACAGUACAAGGCGGCUGUGCAAUUGGGCACAAUGCUCCCAGGAAUAACAUCAAAGCAGAGACAUAUAGAUGAUCAGCUUAACUGUGUUAUGAUAAUGUAAAAAGUAGGUAAUUCAGAUGAAUACUAGAUGAUUAGAUAUCAGGCUUUUUUCUUUUAUCCCUGCCGGGAAAGAAGACAGAUGGAGCGAGGCAGACUGGCGGACUGGAGGAUACUUCCAUUGACUUUGUACAGCAACGCUUAUGUGGCCUGAAAGAGGGAAACUUGAAUAUUUUUGCUUUUCAAUUGGAGAGAGAAUGAGGUUAAAGUAGAGAAGACAUCUUUCCUGAAAACAAGUGGUAAAGAAAGCGAGAGAAAGAGACUCUGGACAGAACCAACAAAGUUGGGUUGAUAAGUCUCUGGUACUGUUUUUUCACUAUCACUCUGCAAAUGUUUAUUUGUUUUGUACUUUUUAAAAAAUUUCUUCAGUUAAACUUCUAUUGUAUGAAGACAGGAAUCAUCCAUACAGACAUAGCACAUGAAUUCACUGUUGCCGUAGCAAUAAAGGAUGAAAAUUUAACUAUGACAAUAUUUUCUAAUCAGUUAACCUGUAAGUAGUUAUGUUACUGAAAUACAUCUUUGUUUUACAAAAAAAGUAAAUGAAUAAAAUAUAUUUGAAAUUUUUAUAAAGAA